UCUACCAUGUGUCCUGUGGUCUCCUGUCCUGUGCUGUGGGGCCAGCUCCUGGGGCCUCAGGCCUCGGGACCUCAGUACACUGUCACCCUCGCUCUUCAGCAUCAUCAGCUGGUUUGUGCGAUCCUUCAAGUACGUGUACGGUGUUCGCUUUGAGGUGAAGGGGCAGCAGAAGCUGGAGGUGGACCACCCCUGUGUCAUCAUUUCUAACCACCAGAGCAUCCUGGACAUGAUGGGCCUCAUGGAGGUCCUCCCCAAGCGCUGUGUGCAGAUUGCCAAGCAGGAGCUGCUUUUCCUGGGCCCUGUGGGCCUCAUCAUGUACCUUGGGGGCGUCCUAUUCAUCAACCGGCAGCGCUCCAGCACCGCUGUGUCCGUGAUGGCGGAUGUGGGCCAGCGCAUGGUCAAGGAAAACCUCAAAGUGUGGAUCUACCCCGAGGGCACGCGUAAUGACAAUGGGGACCUACUGCCUUUUAAGAAAGGCGCCUUCUACCUGGCCAUCCAGGCCCAGGUGCCCAUCAUCCCUGUGGUGUACUCCUCCUUCUCCUCCUUCUACAACACCAGGACGAAGCUCUUCACCUCAGGGACAGUCACUGUGCAAGUGCUGGAUGCCAUCCCCACCAGCGGUCUCACCAAGGAUGACGUCCCCAAGCUUGUGGAUACCUGCCACCAAGCCAUGAGGAGCACCUUCUUCCACAUAUCCAAGAUGCCCCAGGAGAAUGGGGCAACUACAGAGCCUGGGGUCCAGCCAGCCCAGUAGCCUGGGCCAUGGGGCAUGGCAGGACCUGGGGGAGGGCAGGUGGGAGGAAAACAGCUGGAGCAUGGACAAGAGGGACCUUUGCUCAGGCUGCCAAAUAUCACUGUGUCCAGCUCCCCCCGGCUCCCCCGGCUUUCAUUUAGGCCCUGGAAGCCCGAAGCCCCUUCUGCCACUGACCCCAGAUUCAGGCCCUUGAUUCCCCUCCAGGAGAGUCAGCCAGAUCCUCCCUGGGCUCUGAGGGCAGAGACUUGCCCACCGUGUGCCUCCAGGGUCUGGGAUGAUGCAAAACCAGGCCUGAGGCUGUGGCUUGCAGGUGGGUUGAGUAGGGGCUCAAGACAGCCCAGGACCAGGCAGGUCGGCCCCAGUUCGGUGCCCCCUCAUGCCAGCCCAGGUGCCUAGGGCCAGGCAGGGGCCAAGUCAGGCUCAAGAGUCCAGGCUGUGGCCUGCAUCAGGCCCUCAGGGAGAGGCAGGGGCUCAAGGGGCUGGGACUCCUAGUCAUAUGCACCCUGGAUCACAGGGAGCUGGAAAGUGGGAUCUUUUGCUUCCGCCAGCCUCCGGGACACUGCAGAGUCAGUAUUGCACUCACUUUUUUAUAAAGGAAUUCUUGGAAGUA